GAACAACCACAGUGAUCUCAUGUUCUCUUGCAGAUCAACUGUUUACAGACAAGCGCGCACUCUUGCUGAUCAACUAUUUAUCAACAAGCGUGUCCUUCUAAAGCCCACUGCUAACCUCUCACGCACAAUGGCUCUUUUCCCCCGCCAUUUCUACAACUCUGACUCCUCCUUUGCUCCCCUGUUCCGGCUUCUUGACGACUACGACAGCUAUAAUCGACAGGGCCAGAGCGGUCGCAAUACCUCACUGCUCCGUUGGCAGCCUAAGUUUGAUAUCUGCGAGACCAGUCAAGCCUAUGAACUCCAUGGCGAGCUCCCUGGCAUAGACAAAAAAGCGGUUCACAUUGAGUUCACUGAGCCUCAGACAAUGGUCAUCCGUGGAAAAUUGGAACGGACUUAUACCGCUGGCAACCCUCCUGUAGGGUUUGUCGAAGGCACCACUAUGCGCGGUGCCAUCGUAGGUGGUGACGUGGAGCCCGAUACCUCGCAGCCCGCUCAACGCACGGAGGAGAGCGAGAAGGAGGGUGAGGACAAGACGAAGUACUGGCUCGCUGAGCGCAGCGUCGGGGAGUUCUCUCGCGCCUUCAACUUUCCCUCUAAAGUCGAUCAGGAUAGCAUCAGCGCGAAGUUCCAAGACGGUAUCCUCAGCAUUGUCGUCCCCAAGGUUAAGAAGCACGAAUCGCGCCGAAUCCAUAUCUCUUAAAAAAUUCAAAUCAGAAUCAACACUUGAUAUCACAUCGAGCCGGGAGCUGGUUGUAUUGUGCUUUGCCUGUUUUCAUUAUCUGCAAUUCUUUUUGUGAAAUUCAAAGCACGGCUCGGUCACUACUUGUCUAUUUUAAGAUACACACUCCCUGUAACUAAGAUGAGAUAAUAAUACACUGGGG